GCUGUGGUUGACCCCAGGCGGCAUCUUAUAGCUGCGCAAGCUGCGCGGUCGACGCGCUGCGCAUUCGGUGACGAGAAUGAAUUCAAGAACGCAUAGGUAGGACAAUGGGUGUGUAAACGAAACUGGGGAAUCACUUCUUGGAACACGUACUAGACUUGUUAAAUCGGGUCAAAUAAGAUGUCGAGCCGGACCAGACCUGGCUACUGUCGCCAGGACGUGAACAAAACCACCUGGGAGGUACCGGAGCGGUACAGGGAUCUAAAACAGGUGGGGACAGGGGCGUACGGUACAGUCUGCUCUGCGGUGGACUUCAGGACAGGGACCAAGGUGGCCAUCAAGAAGCUCCACAGGCCCUUCCAGUCUGAGCUCUUUGCUAAGAGGGCUUAUCGGGAGCUGAGGUUGCUCAAACACAUGAAACAUGAAAAUGUGAUUGGCCUUGUGGAUGUAUUCACUGCUGACCUCUCCUUAGACAGAUUCCAUGAUUUCUAUCUGGUGAUGCCUUUCAUGGGAACCGAUCUGGGGAAGUUGAUGAAGUUACAGCAGCUCUCAGAGGACAAAGUACAGUUCCUGGUCUAUCAGAUGCUGAAAGGACUCAAGUAUAUCCAUUCUGCUGGCAUAAUUCAUAGGGACCUCAAACCAGGGAAUCUGGCCGUUAAUCAGGAAUGUGAGCUCAAGAUCCUGGACUUUGGCCUGGCGCGGCAGGCGGACAGUGAGAUGACAGGCUACGUGGUGACCCGCUGGUACAGAGCCCCGGAGGUCAUCCUCAGCUGGAUGCACUACACCCAGACUGUGGACAUCUGGUCUGUGGGCUGCAUCAUGGCAGAGAUGCUGUCAGGGAAACCACUGUUCAAAGGCAAUGACCACCUGGAUCAGCUGACUGAGAUCAUGAAGAUCACAGGGACACCCACUCAGGAGUUCAUCACCAAACUGCAGUCUCAGGAUGCUAAAAACUAUGUCAAAAGCCUUCCCAAAGUGCAAAAGAAAGACCUUCAGGCACUCUUUUCCACAGUCAACCCACAGGCGGUGACAGUUAUAGAGCGCAUGCUGCUGCUGGACCCAGAGAGCAGGGUGACGGCAGCGGCGGCCCUCGCCCUGCCAUACUUCUCAGAGUUCAGGGAGCCAGAAGAGGAGACCGAGGCCCAGCCAUACGACCACUCUGUAGACAACUCUGAUCUGCCUCUGGAGCAGUGGAAACGUCACACGUUCACAGAGAUCCUGUCUUUCCAGCCCAUAGUGGUAGAGUCCAGGGAAACCGCACUGUAAGAUGAAGCGUCACACAUGGGAAAACAACCCCCCCCCACCACCAUUUUUACAAGUGUGCCAUCCUCUGUUCAAUCAACAUUCUCAGUCCAUCGUGUGUGUAUGUGUGUGUGGGGGUCCUCCCCUUGUGUGUAGUUUUUCAGCCAUUUUCACACCAAUGUGUUGUUGCCUCCUGUAUAAAGCCCAUAUUCAACUGACA